AUGCGGCAGCACCGAGAAAGACGGGAAAUACCGGGAAAUUAUUAUUAUAUUAUUAUUAUUAUUAUUAUUAUUAUUAUUAUUAUUAUUAUUAUUAUUAUUAUAAAGUGUUCAGCAACCGCGUGGGUGGAGGCGGCGGCGGACGGGCUCAGGGCCAUCGGCGUGGACGACAACACCAGGCAGUGCGCCGAGGAAGGUAACGACACGGCCCCUUGGAAAUAA